AUGGACAAAGUUGUUGAGUGUCACUUCUUAAUCUGGGGACUUGUAGCCUUUUUGACUCUGGCUCUGGUUGUUUCAGUCAUCCUAAAUGUUUCAUUCUUCAUGAAAAAGAAGCAGAAAGAUUACACAUACAGAGACUAUCAAGAAUAUCAUCCAAGUGACGAUGACUAUUACACUGAAGAAUGCCCAGUUUAUGGCAACCUCAAUCAAGAGAUCCUAGCCUUGGAGGAAUGUUGCUAUGAACAGAUGACGGCUCAGCCCCAGAGACCCUCUACUGGGUUACAGGUGCAACCUGAAAAUCAGAUGUGCUACGCAUCUCUGGAUCACAGCAUUAAGGGAAAACACAGAAAACCUAGGAAAAAAAAAGCUCCGAUAGAAGAGGAGGAAGACAGGACAUCUAAAAGCAGCACAUUGGCUUCUAAAGCUAGCAUUUAUCUCAAUAGUGAGCAACUAGCUGCUGAAAACACGGAAACAGAAGCCAUUCAUGAUGACCCCAUCAGAUUAUUUGGUUUGAUUCAUAAAGCAAAGGAGAAAACAUUUGAAGGGGAUUCAUGACCCAGCUGAGUCAUCAUGCCAAAUAAAGGGUCUUCUGCCUGGUCAUGCAACAGGAAGAUGCUGCAUAAAUAAGGAUUAAAAACCUGGUAAAUUAAUGCACCAAUCAAUGGUACAAAUGGAUGUCACAAGCAACUGCAGACUAAUUUAGGCCAGUAAAUAGCAGGAUGUUAGACCUUGACUGUUAAUUCUGAGGCCACCUGAAGAAGAGCUGGACACCCACGUAUCCACCCAAUUUCCAAGGGAGUUGCAGGAACUGCAAACCUCUCAGAAUCUGGCCCCAAUUAGCUGUUGCAAUGUGUUGUUAUGCUAUUAGGUUAGAUUCAGUCCUUUUAUUUUACCCCUUUUUCUGAAAUGAAAUAAAAAAGCCCCACUCAGUCCUCUGCAGUAUACUAGCAGGUUCUGACUGUUAUUCUUUAGUUUCAUAAAUAAUUCUGG